AUCGCUAGAGGAGGACAGACAGCGGAGAGAGAGAGAGAAUGAGAGAAUGAAAGGUAGACGGGACUUUACACGGGAAUAAUGGCGGCGCCGCUCCGGCGGGACACCUUACCUGAGAACUGCUCUUAUGGAGUGUGCAAGGACGGCAGGGUCUUUUUCAUUGACGAUGAAUCGUGCACCACCACUUGGAUUCAUCCUCUCACUGGAGAACCUGUCAAUUCUGGACACAUGAUCCGAUCCGAUCUACCCACAGGUUGGGAGGAAGGUUUCACGAAGGAAGGAGCGAGUUUCUUUAUUGACGCCAGAGAAGGAGAAGCUGAAGAAUGAUCUAUAGAGGGAGAUAUGAGAGAGGAUCCACCGCAGGAGUGUGCUGGCAGCACUUGAUGAAGCACAUCUGACACAUAUUGUGCGUUGUCACUGCUGCUUUAAAUCCAGUGUUGUUCUCCUUGGGGAACCAGUUUCCCGGAUGCGUGGAAAUGUGUGAUAUUGCAUGACUGACAGACAGGAAUACAGGCCGCAUCCUAAACUACUUUGAGAUUUACAAGCAUCACUCUCAUGGCUUAAUGCAGUUUUAAUAAGUCUUUUUAUUAUCGAGCAUGUCCUACAGUUCAGGAAGAGUAGACUGUGUUUUAUGACGAUCGCUGGUUUGGACAUUGAGUUUGGGGUUUAUGAAGGAAUGAAAGCACACCGAAGGGAAGAAAUGCACUUAAAUCAUCAUUGCUGUUAGGGUUGCUGUCAUUGUGAAACGUUGCGAGUUUAUUGUCCUUUUCAGGACCUGGUAGAGCUGCCAGAUGUAGAUGCACUUAUUACGUAAUUACAAUAACUGUGUAA